AUGAAAGAAACCGCGCUUGAUUCAGUCUCCGAACUGAAGUGCCUCGCCGAAUUGGAGGAGAUGAUGUGGACCAUGAUGGCUAAAUUUGAAGAGCUGGCAAAGGAUACCACACAACUGAAACUCGACAACGAGCAGCUUAAGAUCACCGCCGCGCAGCUGGAGCUCAAUGUUGACAACCUUAAAUCCCUUCUAGAGAAUACGAUGGAAGAUAGGCUCCAAUACCUGGAAGCCAUCACUCGGCAAAUAAGUGAGUUAUUAGAACACAUAGGCGAUCAGACUUCUUUUGUUUCGCAUCGUUGCAAGUUUGUGAGCGUCUACUAG